GUGUGAGUGGGUGGAGCCUGUUGCUGUGUCUCAGCAGUUCGGAGCGAAGCUGUCUGAGGAGGAUCUCCUUCUCUCACCUGCAGCCGCAGCAGACGGUGAACUUGUUGCCGGCGGUGAUGGAGGCGUUCUCGGAUGCAGGUGGCGGUCUCUGUCGCUUCCUCUCUGGCUCACACCUGACAGGAGCAGAAUUACCCAUGAAGCCAUGGGCCUGUGGAUCAACCAAUCAGAAGCUGCCGGCUCCUCGGGACUCAGCGGGAGCCGACAGUCAGUCACCUGUGGGAGCCCCGCCUCCUGCAUUGGUUGCCAUGGUGAAUGUUUACGUCCUGGUGACCUCGGUGAGGCCGCUGACUUCCUUCCUGCAUGACAUCAGCGUGGUGACGACCAAUCAGGAGCAGCGGGGUCGGCCCACAAAACUCAGGAGCUUCCUGCUGCAGCAGCUGGGAUCCACCGGCUCCCAUGAUGCUCUGGGGCAGGUGAAGGAGGUGAUCAGUGAGGUGCUGCAUGCCGCCGUGUCAACCAAUCAGAAGCAGCAAACACUCAGCAGGUGUGUGUUGUGUUACCAGCUGCUGACCUUCACUCUGCUGUUCAGCGGCUCCAUCACACCUGUCGUCGCCCAGGUUGAAACUGAUUUGACAUUUUCUUCUCUGAGCGAGCACACAUUUGACGGACAGAUCACCAAAGAUCUGAUCCUGGAGGACACGCUGCACUUCCUGCUGUCCUCAGAGACUCACCUGUCCUCUGAGACACACCAGUACGGUGACUGCAGAGGGACACACAGCGUCUGUCUGUCGGAGGACGAGUUUCUUCUUUUGCUUCAGUUUCAGAGACAGAUGAAGACGCCCUCAGCUUUUCAGCUGUUGUGCCCCAGCCCAUCCUCGUCCUCGUCCUCGUCCUCGUCCGGUCCCCUCAGCAUCUCAGAUCUUCAGGUGAGGAUCAGCCGUCACUAUGAGCUGCGGAGGAACCAGAGUCACAGAGCUGAUGAUGCAGAGGAACGGACCAAUCAGGAGGCAGAGGAGGAGGAGAGCCCUGAGGGUGGUCCGUGCGUGGACCCCCACCUCCGGCAGAUCUACACAGACCCCCCCCUCACUCUGGCCCCGCCCUUCAGCCCCGGGGUCAAAGAGUACCGUGCCGAGGUUGCCUUCGACACGGUGACGGUCCGAAUCCAACCGGAGCCCGUUAGCGCAGCCUGCAGGGUCCACCUGGAUGAACACCGAGGGCCCAGGAUGGCGAACUAUCCGGUGGGUCUGGGCGACAGCAGGAUCAGCAUCCUGGUGACGGACGACGGCGAGCCGGAGCCCGUCGUCAUGACAAUCUACACCGUGCACGUGUACCGUGAGAGCCGGCCCAGUCUGCCCAUGUUUGGGGAUCACGUGAUGUGCAGCUUCCUGCAG